UGUGUGUAUAGUUUCCUCUGAAACAACAGAUAGAAGUAACCAAAUACAGUGAUAAUUUGUUUGUUCUUUAAAAUAUCAACUUUUGACACCAUGGCCACCAGAAAAAAUCUCUCAGCAGAAACUGACUUGAAGACAGGGAAAAGUCUGAGAGACUUUCCUGAAAGCAGACGGUUGUCUCUGAAGAGUACUGCUUCAAUGUGUGACCCACCUAUGUUGAGUGGGAAAGACUCUCUUGUUAAUAUAAGUCUGACUCAGAGAGAAUGUCCUGAAUCAAGCUGUUUGUCUAUGAAGAGUGAAGCAUCAAUGGGUGACCCACCUGAAAUAAACGAAAUAGACUCUCUGGCUGAUGUAAGUCUGAUUCAGGGCAGGCCUCCUGAACCAAGCUGUUUGUCUAUGAAGAGUAAAGCAUCAAUGGGUGAUCCACCUGAAAUAAAUGGGACAGGCUGUUCUGUUGAUCUGAGAAACAAACAGGAUGAAUCACUGUCAGAAUCAAACUCCACUGGACAGAAGCAGUUGGACUCGAUUUUUAAGGAGCUUGAACACAAAAUAAUAUUUCUGACAAUGAAAGAGCUGAAGAGGAUCAAAAGAGUUCUGAGCCCAGAUUACUCUGCAUGCUUUGAGAGAGAGGAGAAGGAGGAGGUGGAUGAAGGUGAAAGCAGAGUCAGACAGGGGAUCCUGCAGAUCACUCUGAAUGUCCUGAGGACGAAAAAGACAAACCUUGCUAACAUACUACAAACCAGACUUGCCCCUUUUUAUGUGAAACAACACAAAUCUAGACUGAAGGAUAAAUUUCAGAGAAUUCAUGAAGGAAUAUCAAAUCAAGGUAGCUCUGCACCUCUGCAUGAUAUCUACACAGAGCUGUACAUCACAGAGGGAGGGAGUGGAGAGGUUAAUAAUGAACAUGAGGUGAGACAGCUUGAGACACAAUCCAGGAGACCAGAGUCACAUGAAACACCAAUCAAAUGCAGUGACAUAUUUAAGCCUUUACCUAGACAAAACAAAUCCAUCAGAACUGUGUUGACUAAAGGAGUUGCUGGAAUUGGAAAAACAGUUUCAGUGCAGAAGUUUGUUCUGGACUGGACUGAAGGAAAAGCAAAUCAGGAUCUCCACUUCAUUUUUCCACUUCCUUUUAGAGAACUAAAUUUGAUAAAGGAGACCAAUCUCAGUUUGAUUAACCUGAUUCAUCAUUUUUUCACACAAACAAAUAAAUUGAGAUCAACAAACAUUGAUGACUUCACAGUCCUAUUUAUCUUUGAUGGCCUGGAUGAGUGUCGACUUCCUCUGGAUUUUCAGAAUAAUGCUAUUUUGUGUGAUGUGACAGAAUCAGCCUCAUUGGAUGUGCUGCUGACAAACCUCAUCAAGGGGAAUCUGCUUCCUUCUGCUCUCCUCUGGAUCACCUCUCGACCAGCAGCAACCAAUCAGAUCCCUCCUGAGUGUGUUGACCUGGUCACAGAUGUACGAGGGUUCAAUGAUCCUCAGAAAGAUGAGUAUUUCAGGAAGAAAAUAAAUGAUCACACUUUAGCCAGUAAAAUCAUUGCACACAUCAAAUCAUCAAGAAGCCUGUACAUCAUGUGUCACAUCCCAGUUUUCUCCUGGAUUUCAGCUACUGUUCUGGAGAGAUUAUUGAGUAAAUCAGAGAUGGCAGAGAUCCCAAAGACUCUCACUCAAAUGUUCACACACUUCCUGAUCUUUCAGCUCAAACUUAAAUCCUUGAAGUACGAUGGGGAAUGUGAUGUUAAUCUUAAACAAGCUAGAAGCAAUAUACUGUCACUGGGGAAACUGGCUUUUCAACAGCUGGAAAAAGGGAAUCUGAUAUUCUACGAGCAGGACCUGAGAGAGUGUGGCAUUGAUGUCAGAGAUGCAUCAUUGUAUUCAGGAGUUUGUACCCAAAUCUUCAGAGAGGAGUUUGGGCUGUACCUAGGAAAGGUGUACAGCUUUGUACAUCUGAGCAUCCAGGAGUUUCUUGCUGCUUUAUAUGUGUUUCUUUGCUUUUUUAAACAAACUGGAUUUUUUAGCAUGUUCAGAUCAUCUUUGACCGAUUUACUUAAGUGUGAAGUUGACAAGGCUUUAAAGAGUGAAAAUGGUCACCUUGAUCUUUUCCUUAGAUUUCUUUUGGGUCUCUCAUUGGAGUCCAAUCAAACUCUCUUACGAGGUCUCGUGAAAAAGGCAAGAAUCAGAUCUCGCAGUGAACAGGAAAUAAUUGAGUACAUUAAGAUAAAGAUCAAGGAGAAUUCCUCUUCAGAGAAAUCCAUCAAUCUGUUCUACUGUCUGAAAGAACUGAAUGAUGAUUCUCUAGUGCAGGAAGUCCAAAUAUACCUGAGUACAACUGGUGACAGUCAACUCUCUGGGGUUAAACUGUCUCCUUCUCAGUGGUCAGCUCUGGUGUUUGUGUUGCUGACCUCAGAGGAAAAACUGGAUGAGUUUAAACUGAGUAAAUAUCAUAAAUCAGAGGAAUGUCUUCAGAGUCUGCUGCCAGUGAUAAAAGCAUCUACAAAAGCUGAUCUGAGACGCUGUAAUCUCAUGGAGAAAAGCUGUUCAGCUCUGGCCUCAGUUCUCAGCUCAAAUAGCUCACAUCUGAAUGACCUGAAUCUGAGUUACAACAAUUUGCUGGAUUCAGGAGUGAAGUUGCUUUCAGCUGGACUAAUGAAUCAUCAAUGUAAACUGAAGACAUUACAGUUGGAAUACUGCAGUAUUGGAGAAAAAGGGUGUUCUGCUCUGGCUUCAGCUCUGAGAUCAAACCCCUCACACCUGAAAGAACUGAAUCUGAACUAUAAUAAACUAGGAGACACAGGAGUGAGAAUACUCUCUGAUCUACUACAGAAUCCACAUUGUAAACUGGAGAAAAUGCUGCUGUGUAACUGCAGUUUUGGAGAGGAAGGUUGUUCUGUUCUGGCUUUAGCUCUGAGGUCAAACCCCUCACAUCUGAGAGAACUAGAUUUGAAUGAUAACUAUCCAGGACAAUCAGGAAUUAAUCAGAUUUCUGAUCUACUGCAGUAUCCACUCUGUAAACUGAAGAAACUAGGGAUGUGUAACUGUAGAAUUGGAGAGGAAGGUUGUGCUGCUCUGACUUCAGCUCUGAAAUCAAAUCCCUCACACCUGAGAGAACUGGAUCUAAGCUAUAAUAAUCUAGGAGACUCAGGAGUGAAGCUGCUCUCUGAUCUACUGCGGGAUCCACACUGUAAACUGGAUACAUUGCAACUGAAUAACUGCAGUUUUGGAGAGGAAGGUUGCUCUUCUCUGGCUUCAGCUCUAAGAUCAAACCCGUCACACCUGAAAGAACUGGAUCUGGGCUGUAAUAAACUUAGAGAUUCAGGAGCGAAGCUGCUAGCGAAUCUACUGGAGGAUCCACAGUGUAAACUGAAAAAACUACUGUUGGAAAACAGCAGUAUUGGCGAAGAAGGUUGUGCUUCUCUUUCUUCAGCUCUGAAAUUAAACCCAUCACAUCUGAGAGAACUGGAUCUGGGCAAUAAUUAUCUAGGAGUCUUAGGAGUGAAGGUUCUCUCUCAUUUACUGCGGGAUCCAGAAUGUAAACUUGAGAUACUGCAGUUGUAUAACUGCCGUAUUGAAGAGAAAGGUUGUGCCCGUCUGGCUUCAGCUCUGAGAUCAAAUCCCUCACACCUGAGAGAACUGAAUCUGAGCUGUAAUAAACCAAGUGUUUCAGAACUGAAGUUGUUCUGUAACUUAGCACAGGAUCCACAUAAUAAACUGGAGAAACUAGAUUUGUCUGUACUGUAUUGAGCCUCACCUCUAACAAUCAACUACAAAUGACAAACAACAAGAGCUGCCAUUGGACAAACACCAGCACUGACCAGCAUAAAUAAACCCAUCUGAAUGUAUAGAAAAAGCCCCAAAACUGGAUAUAAAAACAUUUUAUAGCCCAAAUAAACACACCUGAAUCUAUACAUAAAAUCACCAAAUAGUGGACAUGAAAUUUUUAAUUUCCGCAUUUUAACAAACGACGUCACACGCACAUUUGAGCUGUCAUUUACCAAAUUUUAUGUGCUCCCUGUACUUGCAUUAAUCAAUGUUAAAAUGUAAAUAGAAGGCUAAAUUAAAUGUUCAUAAAAUGCAACUAUAGUUUGAGUUUAUAGUUUGUUUCUAUGUUUUCAUAUCUUUGUUUGAAUAUACUUGUACUUUAGAUAAUCACAAAUAAACAAUGCUGUAAGCAAUAAAGAUAGUAUGUACACACCUUCACUUGUAGCAUCGAGGUAAACUUUUAGUCCACAAGGUAAACAGUGAGGUCAGACAUUAAAAUGUUCAAACAAGGCAGGGCAAUAUAUACAUAAUUUAUGCUGAAGUUAAAUAUGACCAUUGUCCAAAUAUAUAUAUAUAUAUGCAUAUGCACACACUUAUCCAUUUUCUUUGGUAAUCAGCAAUCAUCAAAAAUAAAUAAAUCAGUCACAUUUUUUAUUUUAAUCCUUUUAACUCAUCUAGCUCAUCUGUAUUUUUUGUUAAAUGUUCUAAUUAGUCUGAAUGUGGAGAACAAAUGUAAUCCGAAAAUACUAUAUUCACAACAUUGUCAAUUUUAUGUGACCUAUCAGUUGCGUUGCUUCACUGCCAUUCAAAAAUCCCCCAUAGGAUAUUGCAAUGCAGAUUGAAUGCAAUUUAUAUAUACAUUUAAUUGGACAGGAAGUAAUAAGAUGUAAUAAUCAGCCUGUGGCACUGCUGAGGUGUUAUGGAGGCCCAGGAUGCUUCGAUAGCGGUCUUAAGCUCAUCCAGAGUGUUGGGUCUUGCGUCUCUCAACUUUCUCUUCACAGUAUCCCACAGAUUCUCCAUGGG